GUUUGGCCAGUUUGCUGCAAAGAGCAGAGUGGACACUUCCAAGUCCCUUCUCUUCUAAGGAAGCAGUUGUUGUUUGCGGCCGUCUUGCAGAGUCUGUCUGAAGCCUCUUGUCAACAUGCCUGGAACUUGCACCUCUAUCAUCAACUUGCGUUACCAAGAUGGCAGCGAGGGGAGCCCCUCCAACCCUGCCAGGUAUAACAACCAGGACUACACCCAGCUGAAAGAGAGCUACCUCCGCAGAAGGAGACAGUUUGUGGACAACACCUUCCCACCUGACAACCGCUCUCUGGGUGACCUGCCUGAUCUGAGCAGCUGGCGUGAAGACAAAGUCAAAUGGCUUCGACCAGCAGAAAUCUUGAAACUCCAAAACAUUGACAGCGAGCCUGCUUUCUGCACAAGUGGAGCCUCACGGUUUGACUUUGGUCAAGGCGGUGUGGGUAACUGCUGGUUUCUGGCAGCAAUCUCUGCACUGACUUUCCAUAAAAGCCUGAUGGUGCAGGUUGUGCCCAUGGACCAGUCCUUCAACAACUAUGCAGGGAUAUUUCACUUCAGGUUCUGGAGGUUUGGCAAGUGGGUUGAUGUUGUCAUUGACGACCACCUGCCAACACUGGACAACCGUUUGCUGUCUGUGCACGCCAAGGGGGGAAACGAGUUCUGGGUUCCUCUGCUGGAGAAAGCAUAUGCCAAAGUGUGUGGUUCAUACGCAGACAUGAACGCUGGGCUGCCAUCAGAGGCCUGCAAGGAUUUCAGUGGAGGCGUCCACAUGACUUACCAACUCAGGGAGGUCCACACUGCAAACCAUGAUACAGAGCUGUGGCAGUCACUGAGCAAUGCCACCGGGUGCAACUCAAUGAUUUGCUGUGGGACUGGCCAGAAAGGGGGUAAGCUGGUGAACACUGUAGCUCACACUGGAUUGGUGGACGCACAUGCCUAUUCUGUCACAGCAGUCACUGAGGUUGAGUAUUACGGCUCCAAAGUGAAGCUGGUGCGCGUCAUGAACCCUUGGGGCCAAACAGAGUGGAACGGAAAGUGGAGCGACAAGUCGGAUUUGUGGCAGAAAGUGAGGCCAGAAGAUCGCGAGAAGUGUUCUGUCCGUGACGAUGGAGAGUUCUGGAUGGAGUUGGAGGACUUCUGUCACUACUUUGUGAUGUUGUCCAUCUGCUGUGAGAACCCUAACUUCCUUGACGGAGACCUCACCUGCCAGUGGAAAUGCAUGAUUUACGAUGGCAGCUGGGUAGCCGGGAGAUCUGCAGGUGGCAACGUUAACGAAUCCUCCUUUGCCACAAAUCCUCAGUAUCGCAUCCAGGUGACAAUAAUAGACGAGAAGGAGCAGGAAGACAAAAACAUCUUGCUCUCUCUGAUGCAGAAACCUCUGCAGCAGAACCGCAAAUCGAUAAGAUCAUACCCGAUUGGACUCACCAUCUUCAAGGUUCCACCAGGGUCUCCACGAGGACGCCUGCCCGCCGACUUCUUUAGAACAAACAGACCUGUGAAGGAUGCACAGAAAUACACCUAUGAGAGGGAUCUGAUUGAGAAUCACAGUAUGGAGCCAGGAGAGUAUGUGAUCGUCCCCUCCACCAUGAAGCCCAACAUGAGUGCAGAAUUCGUUCUCACUGUCUACUCCAAGUCUGAGGCUAAGAUCACCCCCCAUGAUGGACAUGAUGAUGAUGAUGACGAUCAUGAUCAUGAUCAUGAUCAUGACCAUGACCAUGACCAUAAAGAUGAAAAGGACAACUUAGUUCUUCCCGAGGUACCAACUGAAAAGGAAAAGGACCCCAUGCGUGCCUUGCUCAACCGCUAUGCUGAUCAGAAUGGUGAGCUGAACGCCAGACAGCUCCAGAAGCUCCUGAAUGAAAACUUCCCUCAUGGAACCCGUUACGGCUUUGCUCUGGACAACUGCAGUAGCAUGAUGGCCUUGGUGGAUACCGACCGAAGAAUGACGAUGUCCUUCUCUGAGUUCUCAACUCUCUGGGAGAAGAUGAAUGAAUACAAGAAACUCUUCCAUCGCACAGAUUUGAAUCAGAAUGGAUCCCUGUCCGACUAUGAGCUCAAGAGGGCAAUUGAGGCUGCAGGAAUGGACGUGAACGACGGCAUGGUGAGGCUGAUGAUGUUCCGCUAUUCUGGCUUCUCAUCCACCACCAUGGACAGCUUCAUCGUUCUCCUGUUACGCCUGGAAAAGACAUCAAGUAUUUUCAAGGACAAGUCAACAGAUGGAGUGAUCCACAUGACCUGGGAGGAAUGGUCCAGCAGCUCCUUGUACAACUAGAGCAAAACCAACACAGGAGCGCAGGACACAUACGACAGAAGAUUCCUGCAAACACUGCUCGAUUCGAAAUUCAUGUCCUUCCUGUGCAAAACCUGUAAACCAGUAACACGUUUCUGUGAUCAAACGAUCCUUGUGAAAUAAACGUUGUUACCUUCUGAA